GGACUCAGGACUUCGAGCCAAGGAGAUCCGAUAUCACCUUCUUCUGGGGAAGGCGGCGCACACAGAAGGCCUUCUAUCCCGUGCCCGUCCUCCGUUCUCACUAUGACAUCGUCUGGCUUGGAGAUCCUGGGAAUGACGCUGGCUGUGGCGGGCUGGCUGGGGGUGAUGGUGGCGUGCGGUCUGCCCAUGUGGCGUGUGGCCGCCUACAUUGGUCAGAACAUCGUGGUCUCGCAGGUGGUCUGGGAGGGCUUGUGGAUGAACUGCUCGGUGCAGAGCACAGGCCAGAUGCACUGCAAGGUCCACGACUCCAUGCUGGGGCUUCCUGUGGACCUGCAGGCGGCACGCGCCCUCGUGGUGGUCUCCAUGGUGCUGUGCGUCAUGGGUAUUGGACUGUCUGUGGCGGGGGCGCAGUGCACCGACUGCAGCCGGGAAGUGAGCACUAAAUGGCGUUUCGUGGUGGCUGGCGGCUUUGCGUUGACGUUGGCAGGACUUCUGCUGCUGGUGGGGGUGUCCUGGACGGCACACGCCAUUGUGAUGGGCUUCUACGACCCGCUUCUGGAGGAGACGGGCAAACGGGACUUUGGCAACGCGCUCUACUUCGGCUGGGCUGCCUCCUGCCUGCUCAUUCUGGGGGGGGCGUUGCUGUGUUGCUCCUGCCGACCCAGGAAGGCCACGGUGCACAGGGUGCCCGCCCAGGUGGGCUACACAGCUGUUCAGCGCUUGUCAACACGUGGCUAUGAGAGACGAGACUACGUGUGAACAUAUGACCAGCAGGGGAGGACAAUGAAACACGUCGGACAUGUUUUCAUAUGUAUGGCAUGCUUCUGUGGUGCUGGCUCUCUUUUUUGCUGUUUCGUAGAAGUCAUGCUUUCUUAUUUCACCGCAUGAUCAAGUCAUGU